AAGAUGGUACGAGAAAUUUGAAACAGGCGAUUUCGACCUUUCUGAUAAGCCAAGGCAAUGUUGGAGCAAGAUCCUUUUCUGGAAAAAUUGGAGAUCGCAGAAAGGCUUAGUUCAGCUCAACAAACCAUUUCUGACCAUAUUCGGAAGAUAGGUUUGAUGUGGAAGAAUUCAAAGUGGUUAAUAUAUUUUGGUGAAAAUUUCCUUCAAUGUCUGUUGUGGAAACCACUUUGUUUGGUCUACGCCAUUGUAAGCAAACCAUUCCUAGAUUUAAUCCAGCUUGUUUCGUUUGUAAUCAACAUUUGUAAUUACGUACACUUAUGGGAGUGCAAGAAAACGUGCGUUUUUAUGUUCGGUGAACGAGAGGGCUAUAAGGAUCUAGUCUUUGAGAUAGUGUCAACCAAGCAACAUAAGCCGGAGUGAAAUAUCGAAAGAGUCGAAUAUU